CAGGAUUGUGCAUGCGCGUAAAAGUGUAGUGGUGUGAUGAUGUAGCCUUGGUUGCCUAACACGUACAGUCAGUACCCCGCGUACUGUGCACCUUCACUUACACACCUACAACCUAAAAACCACCAGAAACAAGCAAUCCAUCAUUCAAUUCUCACUACGAGCAAAUAAAAACAAAAUGCAUGUUGAAGGAGUCUACGUCGAUCCUAAUGGAAAGAAAUUUUUCAUCCCCGUGGAAAACAAUCCUGAAAUCCUAGCCUCUCUCGCCCAAGAUCUCGGCGUCUCACCAAAGCUCGCCUUCCAUGACGUUUACAGCAUCGACGAGCCCGAGCUGCUGGCGCUCAUUCCUCGGCCCUCGCAUGCUCUUAUCUUCAUCACACCGCCAGAAAUGUACAACGACUCUCGCAAGGAAGACGGCAUCGCCACAAAAGUAGCACUAGAAAACGCCAGCUACACAACAGCCGAGGGCGUAGUGUGGUAUCCGCAAACCAUCGGCCAUGCAUGCGGUCUCAUUGCUCUGCUGCAUUCCUUGGCGAAUGGAAAAUCCAGAGACUAUGUGAUCAAGGGCACCUUUUUGGAUACCUUGCUGACUGAAACAAAACCCAUGGUACCCAAAGAUAGAGCCGACGCCUUGUACAACAGCCAGCCCCUCGAGGAAGCUCACAUGCGCGCAGCCAAGAGGGGUGAUAGCGCCCCGCCCUCAGCAGCAGAGGACCCUGGGUACCAUUAUAUUGCCUUUAUUAAAGGAGAUGAUGGUCAUUUGUGGGAAUUGGAGGGUGGCGUCGAUGGGCCUAUCGAUCGAGGAAUGCUGGGUGAAGGGGAUGACGUAUUAAGUGAGACAGCGCUGCACCUGGGGGUUCGCAAGUUUUUGAAGCAUGCGAAUGGAAACUUGAACUUUAGUAUUGUGGCAUUGGCUGAAGCUAAAGAAUAA